AUGAAGGACCCAAGUCCCAGAGAACAGUCGCUGGUAGAGUGCGCUUUCAUAGCCACAGCCCGGAGCAUACCUAGGUGCUCCUCGGUGGGUGAAGCAUUCGCGACGACGCGCUCGAGGUCCGGGCGGAGCAAUAUCGCGGAAGAAUUGGCCACAGAAUCCAGAACCGACCACUUAGAAUCUGUCGACCCCGGAGCUUACGAGCUGGGAACCGAAGGCGCAGAAGAGGGGCCGGCAGCCAGCCCCCAGGGCCCCGACUCCCAAGACUCCGAGGAAGAUCCCGAGGACGUCCGUAGGGAACGAUUGAGGAGGAUCUGUUCCCACCAGGCGCACGACCCCGGACUAGCACCCCUGGUGAGUUUCCUCCGAAACGAAACAGAGCAAUUGUCUCUGAGGCAGACAACGCACCUGGCCAAGGUAGCAGACCAGUUUGUACUGGACUUCCGGGACGCGUUGUUCUACUCCCCCAAGACCUCCAAGAAGAUAUUCUACACCAUUGUCACGCAGACCUCCAAGGCGCUCACCAGGGACACGGAGCGAUACGUCAAAGAGUGCGUGGAUUGUGUCACGGCUAAGGGGCUACCCCGGAACCCAGGCUCAUCACCCGGCAAUUUGCUGGCUACGCGGCCGUUCCAAGUCGUCUCUAUGGAUUUCGUCAUACCGUUGCCUCAGGCAAUCCGGGGAAACACAGCACUACUCUUGUUCCAGUGCGCGUUCUCGAGGUUCGUCAUGUGCAAAGCCAUGGUGAACACGGAAGCCCAAGAUGUGGCCGAAGCUUACGAAGAGUGCGCGUUCCGGAGGUUCGGGGCCAGCAAAAUGAUCCGCCACGACCGAGACCCACGGUUCAUGGGUCGGGCUAAUGGACAGCAGGAGAGGUCAGUGCAGACAGUGAUCCGAAGUGUCAAGGCGUACGUCCAGACGGGAGACCAGAGUGACUGGGACGAGUUAGCCGAAAAGCUCAUGUGGGCACUGAACACCUCCUUCGCCUUUGCCCGACUCGAUACACCAUUCUACUUAGUGCAUGAUUGGGACGCCCAGGGCACCAUCCAACGCCAAGUCGAGUACGCCCGGGCCUGGGCCCGGGACCUCCAAGCAAAAGCCAAAAGCCGCCGAGCCGAGGACCAUAACCGGAAAUGGAAACAGCUCACGGACCGGCUCAAGGAAGGCUUCGAGGUCGGGGAUUCAGUUUGGCUCUACCUAGCGCGAGUUUGCCCCGGGCUCACCAAGAAGCUGGCUCAUCUUUGGCACGGUCCAUUCCGGAUCCUGGAAAAAGGUAGCGACUACCGAUACCGCCUCCAGGUCGAAGGGACCGAGUACCGAUUUUACCCCUGGGUCCAUGUCAGCCGGCUAAAGCCCCGAACUAAAUACCCGGAGCGGCCCUCGGAGGCCAUGAAUAUCCCGGAGGAGGACGACUUCGACGCCGCAUUGCUCCGUGAAGAUAGCUGGGAGCCCGACGAAGGUUCUGGGGAGUACAAAGUGGAGGCAAUACUCGAUGUGCGAUGGGUUACCCGGACCCGCACUAGUCGGCGCGUCAAAGAAUACCAAGUGAAAUGGAAAGGGUACGAAGUGCCGGACUGGGUCCCCCAGAGACACCUCAAUUGCGGGAGGCGCCUCUAUGAGUUCGACCAAGGAGAACGAGCCCGCGUGCGUUUCCAGGCCAUGCAGUCUGGAGACGAGCUCCCGGGCGAAGAAGUCCGGUAG